GCCAUUUUACCGGUUACCGGAAGUAGCCUCACGCUGAAUCACGUUCGCCAAAAAUUUGUCAAAUUCUAGAUGGCAGCGGCGAUGGACGUAGAUGCACCUAGCUGCUCCAGUAGCGGAGCGAGCAAGAAGCGAUUUGAGGUUAAAAAGUGGAAUGCUGUGGCUCUGUGGGCUUGGGACAUAGUUGUGGAUAACUGUGCCAUAUGUAGAAACCACAUCAUGGAUCUUUGUAUUGAAUGCCAGGCCAACCAAGCUUCUGCGACAUCGGAGGAGUGCACAGUAGCAUGGGGUGUCUGCAAUCACGCCUUCCACUUUCACUGUAUUUCCCGCUGGCUUAAAACUAGACAAGUGUGCCCGCUCGACAACAGAGAGUGGGAGUUCCAGAAGUAUGGACACUAGUUGGGCUGUUUUGACCACCUCAUUGGCUUUUUGUUAUUUUAGGGUUAGCCACAAUGCAUCUCUUCGCUUCCAGUUUGUUGUAAUCAGAGUUGUGCACGUGUUUUUUGUUUCUAAUAAACAUGAAUAUUGACAGAUGGGAUCAAA